CGAGAGCGAGAGAAGUCUCCUUUUUGUCUGUUUCUGUCUCCGUUAUGAGUUUUAUCGAACACACAUAUUCCCCCUUUUACUUUGGCGAUUUGCUACCUCUCUCUCUCUCCUUACUCUUCUUCUUCAAAUCUCUUAAUCUCUUUCCUUGAUUGUUGAUUUUUCUUGGAGACAACGGAUCUAAUCGACGAGACUCUCAAACUAUACCCAUGAGGAUUCUUCAGAUUUCGAUGCAUUUUUGAGAUGCAGCUUCUCCUUCUUUAAAGCAAUUCACCCGUCUCUGCAGUUUGGCCGCCAAGUGUUUGUUGAAAUUCCAAAGAGAGAGAGGCUUAUUAUAGAGAUGAAGGAUUUUCCUUCCUGCUUUGGCGAAAAUGGCGUUCAAGUUGCGGAUUCAUCGUCUUCAAACUCCGGUAAAAAUGCCCAGAAUCUAGUGACUUGCAUCUACCAGUGUCGAAUUCGGGGAAGAAACUGCUUGAUCACAGUGACAUGGACUAAGAAUCUGAUGGGCCAGAGUGUAACCGUUGGAGUUGACGACUCCUUUAACCAAAGUCUGUGUAAAGUCGAGAUUAAGCCGUGGCUCUUCACCAAACGCAAAGGGUCCAAGAGUCUAGAGGCCUAUUCUUGUAACAUCGAAGUUUUCUGGGAUCUGUCCUCCGCGAAAUUCGGAUCAGGCCCUGAAGCUCUCGGAGGAUUCUAUGUGGGUGUUGUUGUAGACAAAGAAAUGGUCCUGCUUCUUGGUGAUAUGAAGAAGGAAGCUUUCAAGAAGACGAAUGCCUCACCUUCGUCUAUAGGCGCUGUGUUCAUCGCCAAGAAAGAGCAUGUCUUUGGUAAGAGAGUGUUUGCAACGAAAGCACAGCUCUGCGCGGAUGGGAGGAUCCAUGACCUUGUGAUUGAAUGCGACACGAGCGUCACCGAUCCUUGUCUCGUUGUCCGUGUGGAUGGAAAGACAUUGUUGCAGGUGAAGCGGCUUAAGUGGAAGUUUCGCGGCAACGACACGAUAGUUGUUAAUAGAAUGGCUGUGGAAGUUCUCUGGGAUGUUCAUAGUUGGCUCUUUGGGAUGCCUUCAGCGGGAAACGCCGUGUUCAUGUUCAGGACUUGUCAAUCUUCUGAGAAGAGCAUGUCUUUCUCACAGGACAUGACAACAACAAACCCCAAGUCUCAAAGUUUUGGUUUUUCGUUGAUCCUGUACGCUUGGAAGACCGAGUAGAAGAAGAAAAAAGAGAGUUUAUGGGUGCUAACAAAAACUUUGAAGAGACUCUGUUGAUUCCUUAUCGACAUUUGUUCUUAAUAGCAUGAUGAUGAAUGGGUUGAUUCAUAAUUGGUUUCUGCUAUAUAUUUCCUUACACAACAACCCUGGAACCUGAUCAGUCUUGACGAACGGGAUCUCUGUAUACAUCAAUUUCAUAUUCAAGUAUGCCUCGUUUGCAUUGCAGUCUUUCUUCAUUUUGAUUUUUUUCUGCCUGCCCCUUUGUUUAGCUUAUUACACUGGUCUCUGAUCUGUCGCUGGUGAAUGUUUAGAUGUUUAGCAAACUUUUGGUUGUCUUCUUUCUAAUAACAGAUUGCUUAUAAAGAUUGUUUAUAGAGUGAGGCGGAUUUGUAUAUGAAGAUUCUUAACUUGUGAAAUCAGUAAAUCAGAUAUUUCUUUAGCUUUCA